UUAACAUUCAGGUUGAGCGCCAGUGAACUUGCGAUCCGAGCAUUCUUGAUAUAGAAGUGUAGUGAUUGGUUUUGUGUACUCGUUUUGUGCUUGCUUACACAAACCACUGUUUAAACCUAAAAUUAAUGUUAUUAAUAUUCACUAAUAUAUAAUUUCUCUGAAUCUAUAAUGUAUGAUACGGAGGACGAUCAAUAUGAAGAAGAAGAUGUGGAAGAAAUUUCUUCGGAGCUUUGGCAAGAAGCCUGUUGGAUUGUCAUCAACGCGUAUUUUGAUGAAAAAGGAUUGGUACGACAACAAUUGGACAGCUUCGAUGAAUUUAUCCAGAUGUCCGUACAACGAAUUGUAGAAGAUUCCCCACCAAUCGAACUACAAGCAGAAGCACAACAUUCAUCCGGCGAAAUCGAAACUCCACCACGAUAUCUGUUAAAAUUUGACCAAAUUUAUUUAUCAAAACCCACCCACUGGGAGAAAGAUGGCGCUCCAUCUCCCAUGAUGCCAAAUGAAGCCCGUCUUCGUAAUCUUACAUAUUCUGCUCCUUUGUAUGUGGAUAUAACAAAGACUAUUGUAAAAGAAAAUGAAGAUCCUAUUGAAACACAACAUCAAAAGACUUUUAUUGGGAAGAUUCCAAUUAUGCUGAGAUCUACAUAUUGCCUCCUGAGCCAUCUUACAGACAGAGAUUUAACAGAGUUGAAUGAGUGCCCACUUGAUCCUGGUGGCUACUUCAUAAUCAAUGGUUCCGAAAAAGUUUUAAUAGCUCAAGAGAAAAUGGCAACAAAUACUGUGUAUGUGUUCAGUAUGAAAGAUGGAAAAUAUGCUUAUAAAACAGAGAUUCGUUCUUGUCUUGAGCACAGUUCAAGACCAACUUCAACAUUAUGGGUAAAUAUGAUGGCCAGGGGUGGUCAGAGCAUAAAGAAAUCAGCUAUAGGACAGCGAAUUAUUGCUAUUGUCCCAUAUAUUAAACAAGAAAUUCCAAUCAUGAUUGUGUUCAGAGCACUUGGAUUUGUAGCUGACAGAGAUAUAUUGGAACACAUUAUUUAUGACUUUGAUGAUCCUGAAAUGAUGGAAAUGGUGAAACCAUCAUUAGAUGAAGCUUUUGUGUUUCAAGAACAAAAUGUAGCUCUGAACUUUAUUGGUUCCCGUGGGGCUCGUCCUGGUGUAACAAAAGACAAGCGUAUCAAAUAUGCUAGAGAGAUUCUACAAAAGGAAAUGUUACCACAUGUUGGAGUGUCAGACUUUUGUGAAACUAAGAAGACUUACUUCUUGGGUUAUAUGGUGCAUAGACUUCUGCUAGCAGCUCUGGGUCGCAGAGAAUUAGAUGAUCGAGAUCAUUAUGGAAAUAAAAGAUUGGAUUUGGCUGGACCCUUACUGGCUUUCCUGUUCAGAGGUCUUUUCAAAAACUUAUUGAAAGAAGUGCGUAUGUAUGCUCAAAAGUUCAUUGACAGAGGAAAAGAUUUCAAUCUUGAAUUAGCCAUUAAAACAAAAAUUAUUACUGAUGGGUUGCGUUAUUCACUUGCUACGGGCAAUUGGGGUGAUCAGAAAAAAGCUCAUCAAGCCAGAGCUGGAGUAUCACAGGUAUUAAAUAGACUGACCUUUGCAUCAACAUUAUCACAUUUACGCCGCGUCAACUCACCUAUUGGACGUGAUGGAAAACUAGCCAAACCUCGUCAGCUACAUAAUACACUUUGGGGUAUGAUAUGUCCUGCAGAAACCCCAGAGGGUGCUGCUGUCGGGCUUGUAAAAAAUUUGGCUCUAAUGGCCUAUAUAUCUGUAGGCAGUCAACCUUCUCCUAUCUUAGAGUUCUUAGAGGAGUGGUCAAUGGAAAAUCUGGAAGAAAUUGCUCCUUCUGCAAUUGCAGAUGCAACAAAGAUAUUUGUAAACGGUUGUUGGGUCGGGAUUCAUAGAGACCCUGAACAACUUAUGGCUACAUUGAGGAAACUUAGACGUCAAAUGGACAUCAUUGUAUCAGAAGUAAGCAUGAUCCGUGAUAUCCGAGACAGAGAAAUUAGAAUUUAUACAGAUGCUGGAAGAAUAUGUCGUCCAUUGCUUAUUGUUGAAAAUGGAGCCCUUUUAUUAAAGAAGAAACAUAUUGACAACCUUAAAGAAAGAGAUUACAACAAUUAUGGAUGGCAAAACCUUGUAGCUAGUGGUGUUGUAGAAUAUAUUGACACCCUAGAAGAGGAAACUGUAAUGAUUGCUAUGAGUCCAGAUGAUCUGGCGCAACUUAAAGAAUAUGCCUACUGUACUACUUAUACACAUUGUGAAAUUCAUCCAGCCAUGAUAUUAGGUGUCUGUGCCUCUAUCAUUCCAUUCCCUGAUCACAAUCAAAGUCCUAGGAACACUUAUCAAAGUGCUAUGGGUAAGCAAGCCAUGGGUGUGUACAUUACCAAUUUCCACGUUCGUAUGGACACAUUGGCUCAUGUUUUAUAUUAUCCACACAAACCAUUGGUCACUACUAGAUCAAUGGAGUAUUUGCGUUUCAGAGAAUUGCCAGCUGGCAUUAAUUCAAUUGUUGCAAUCUUAUGUUACACUGGGUACAAUCAAGAAGAUAGUGUUAUUUUGAAUGCAUCAGCAGUUGAAAGAGGAUUUUUCAGGUCUGUAUUUUACCGUUCUUACAAAGAUUCAGAAUCAAAAAGAAUAGGGGAUCAAGAAGAACAAUUUGAAAAACCAACUAGACAAACUUGUCAAGGAAUGAGAAAUGCAUUGUAUGACAAAUUAGAUGACGAUGGGAUUAUUGCCCCAGGAAUUCGAGUAUCUGGUGAUGAUGUAGUAAUUGGUAAAACAAUCACAUUGCCUGAAAAUGAUGAUGAAUUGGAAGGUACCACUAAACGUUUCACCAAACGAGAUGCAUCUACAUUCUUACGUAAUAGUGAAACGGGUAUUGUAGACCAAGUUAUGUUAACACUAAACAGUGAGGGAUAUAAAUUCUGUAAAAUUCGCGUACGAUCAGUUCGCAUUCCGCAAAUUGGAGAUAAAUUUGCUUCUCGGCAUGGUCAAAAAGGUACAUGUGGUAUACAAUACCGACAAGAGGAUAUGCCUUUCACUUGUGAAGGUUUGACACCAGACAUAAUUAUUAACCCUCAUGCCAUUCCAUCUCGUAUGACAAUUGGACAUUUAAUUGAAUGCAUCCAAGGAAAAGUAUCCUCGAAUAAAGGAGAAAUUGGUGAUGCUACGCCAUUUAAUGAUGCUGUCAACGUACAAAAAAUUUCUUCCUUGCUUCAAGAAUAUGGUUAUCAUCUUCGUGGCAAUGAAGUAAUGUAUAACGGACACACAGGACGUAAGAUUAAUGCUCAAGUUUUCUUGGGUCCCACUUACUACCAACGUCUUAAGCAUAUGGUGGAUGAUAAAAUUCACUCAAGAGCGAGAGGACCUGUCCAAAUUUUGGUUAGACAACCCAUGGAGGGAAGAGCUAGAGACGGUGGAUUGCGUUUCGGUGAAAUGGAACGCGACUGUCAAAUUGCACACGGUGCCGCUCAGUUCCUACGCGAGCGACUUUUUGAAGUUUCGGAUCCUUACCGAAUUCAUGUAUGCAACUUUUGUGGCUUAAUAGCUAUCGCCAAUUUACGUAACAACACUUUUGAAUGUAAAGGCUGUAAAAACAAAACACAAAUUUCGCAAAUCCGUUUGCCAUACGCUGCAAAAUUACUUUUCCAGGAACUUAUGUCCAUGAAUAUAGCACCAAGAUUGAUGGUGAUAAAUUAAGUUUUAGCUGUUCUAAUAUGAAUAUCUACAGUUGAACUAAAAAUAAUCAUAAAUAAAAAUCUUUAAAAUUU